AUGGAUGAUAUAAGUUACAGUGACUUAAAUAAAAGACUAGAGUCAUAUAAAAAUUUUCAAUGGACAGAAAGGAUUACAGUAAAUAAUUAUCAACAAUUUGCUGAAGCAGGAUUUUACUCAAUUGGAUUACAAGAUUUUUUGAAAUGUUAUGAAUGCAAAGGUGGACUAUGUCUAUGGUUACCUGGUGAUGAUCCAUGGAUUGAACAUGCGAAAUAUUAUCCACAUUGUGCAUUUUUGCGUGAAAAUAAAAGCUUAAAAAUAUGUUAUAUAAAUGAAUUUGAUAUUGUAUUUUUUCCAUGUUCUCAUUUAUUAACUUGUUAUACAUGUUCAAUGAAAUUAACUAAUUGUCCAAUAUCAAAGUAUAUAGGAAUAACUAAAAAUGAUGAAGGGAUUAAAGGACUAUUAUAUAAAGCAGGAUUUGGUCAUUUAAUUAUUGAAAUUGAUAACAUUGAUGUUCUCAAAAUUUGUGAUAAAACUAUUCCAACUGAUGGAGAGUUAAUGGUUAUUCAACAAAAUGAUAUAACUAUUCAACCUUGUAAUAUUCAUGAUAGACUUAAAUCUAUCUACAAACCUCUCUGCGCAAAAACUAAAGCUGAAUAUUUGUAUAAAUUAUUAAACGACAAUAAAUCGGAUUUAACUCAAGGCCAACCAUUGAAUGAUGAUAUACCUUCUUUGAAUAAUCUUUAUAAGUCUGAUAGUGUUAAACAAACUAUAUAUAGUAUUUUAAGUGAAGAAUUUGACUACGUUUUUGAUUCUCUAUUAAAUGAAGCUAAAUGCAUCAAAUCAUUAUUAGUUAAAGAAGUUAUUCGCAAUAAACUUGACAUUAAAGAAAUGUAUAUUCAAUAUGGAUUCCCUAUGGAAAACUUGAAACAAUUAAAAAUUAUAUUGGAUACAAUUAAAGAAUGGAAAAAUAAUGAAGAUUGUGACAAUGUAUUUACCAAUAAUUGGGAUAAUGAGGAAUAA